AUGAGUUGGAUGAAUUCAGGAAUAAUCAUAGAUUUCAUCUUACUGGGCUUUUCUGACCAGCCCCACUUGGAAAUGGUUCUCCUCGUGGUCAUCUCUAUCAUAUAUAUGCUCACCUUGUUCGGGAACACAGCCAUCAUACUGGUCUCACACUUGAACCCCAAACUCCACACCCCCAUGUACUUCUUCCUCUCCAAUCUCUCCUUCCUGGACCUGUGUUUCACUACCAGCAUUGUUCCCCAGCUGCUUUGGAACCUCAAGGGCCCUGAGAAGACCAUUAGCUACUCUGGCUGUGUGAUCCAGCUCUACAUUGCUUUGGGGCUGGGCUCCACAGAGUGUGUCCUCCUGACUGUCAUGGCCUAUGACCGCUUCAAUGCCAUCUGCCGACCCCUGCACUAUGGCGUUAUCAUGCAUCCCAAGCUGUGUCGACAACUUGCAGUGGUGGCCUGGGUCAGUGGUUUUGUGGAGUCCACAGUACAGACGGUCCUUGUUUUCCAAUUGCCUCUCUGCAGUCCCCACAGAGUGGAUGACUUUAUGUGUGAGGAACCAGCCCUCAUUAAAAUUGCCUGUGCUGACACGACCUUCCUGGAAAAUGAACUCUCCAUAGCUAUUGUCUUCUAUGUAGUUAUACCUCUGGGACUUAUCUUGGUCUCCUAUGGCUGCAUUGUGAGGAGUGUGCUGAGCAUCAAUUCAGCAGAAGGCAGAAGGAAAGCAUUUGGGACCUGUGGCUCUCACAUGAUUGUUGUGGUUUUGUUCUUUGGAACAAUCAUUUCUGUCUACAUACAACCUAAGAGCAAGUACACGCAGAAUCACAGUAAAUUCCUCACCCUCUUCUAUACUGUAGUGACUCCCUCCCUUAAUCCUUUGAUCUACACCUUGAGAAACAAGGAGGUGAAGUGCUCCCUGAAAAGGCUGCUCACAAGAGACCCAAGUGGGGCACAAAUGUGA